AGGCACGUUGUUACUUAGUUAUUAAUUUUGUUAUUUGACUUGGGAUUCGUAAAAGAAAACUUUGAGAUUGAUCUGUACGCAAUUCUUUUGGAUUUGCUUCCGGUCCCCUCCAGCGGAGUCUUGUCAGCCACACAUUAAAUGGUCGUCCGUAACUAGAGGCAGUGCAGCAGCUCGUGAAAUCACAACGAAAAACCGUUACGCAAGACUUGGAUCGACGUGGUGUACGCCUACACUGUCCUCGUCAGCCUGGCCGUCCAGAGAUGCAGCCCAGUGAUUGAUGGACUGGAGUCACCGCGAGCUUAGACGGACACUCGGAUUCCUGUCAGCCCUGUAACCUGCACUCCAUCGCUCCGAGUCCUCGCUCGUGCACGAAAAAUGCUCGCCAACUGUCCCGUUGGCCUGAAGAGGUCCGAGUCAGGCCUUCACCUUCAAGCUCACAUCGGAACCCGCGCAGGGGAGAGGCCUUUGCAGUGUACGGUGUGUGACAAGACUUUCGAAACAAAAUUUAACUUGCGGAUGCAUCUCCGUAUCCACACCGGAGAGAGGCCUUUUGAGUGCGAAGUGUGCAAGAAAGCUUUUUCUCGUAAGGAAGACCUUGAAAAGCACCGCCGCGUCCACUCAGGGGAGAAGCCCUAUGAGUGUGCUGUCUGCAAACAGAAGUUCACCCAAAGAGCACACCUCUACACUCACAAGCGCACACACACUGGUGAAAAGCCGUUGGAGUGUGCGGUCUGCACCAAAAAGUUCAGUACAGGCAGUCUUCUUCGAGGGCAUCUGAGAACGCACACGGGAGAGAAGCCUUUCGAGUGCUAUGAGUGCAGCAAGAAGUUCAGAGACGGUAGGGACUUCAAAAGGCACCUCAAGACCCAUACCGGCGAGAAGGCCUUUGAGUGCACAGAGUGCGAGAAGAAGUUUGUUGCAGGGGGCGACCUGCGACGGCAUUUGAGGACCCAUACCGAAGAGAAGCCCUUCAAGUGUGGAGAGUGCAAGAAGGAGUUCGCUCAGAGUGCCCACCUUGAGAGGCACAGGUGGUCCAUUCAGAAAUGA